AUAUUUGAUAUUUUCAUCUAAACCUUUUUAAAUUCUGUACAACCUUCAAAUUUGGAUGAAUAAUCCCACCCGUAAACAUUAAUGGAUUCUCUUAUUUUCCUAUCUAACUUUUGAGAUUAAACUGUCCAGCUAAUUAUUUUUUAUUCAAUCAGUUGAAAUAACUGUUGGGGGUUCUUUUUUUCACCCAGCGACUAAAUAGCAAAAAUCUGAUUACUUUGACUCCCUUUUGUCUUUUUGAGUUUGAUUAGUGCAUAUAAAUAACGGUUUAGUGUUUUCUGUCACUUUUGUACUUUUUAUUUUGUGCUAUAAACUCAAAAACAAAGGAUCCAGAUUCAAGAAAGCAGGAUUUCGUAUUUCCUUUGUUGGGUCAGAUUCAGAGGAGGCCAAAAAUAAAAAAAAAAUGGAUGAUAGUUGUGCUGUAUGUGCUGACACACUUGAGUGGGUUGCAUAUGGGCCGUGUGGCCAUCGAGAAGUAUGUUCAACUUGCAUCGUUCGUCUCCGAUUCAUCUGCGAUGACUACCGUUGUUGCCUUUGCAAGUCCGAACUGAAAACUAUCUUUAUUACCAAAGCUUUGGGAGAUUAUACGAAGGUGAUAAAUGAUUUCUCGGCUUUUCCAGUUGAUCCGAUUGAGGGUCAAGUUAGUUCUUACUGGUACCAUGAAGGGACACAAGCAUAUUUCGAUGAUCUGGAUCACUACAAGAUGAUAAAAGCGAUGUGCAGGCUAUCUUGUACUGUUUGCGAUAAAAAGGAUGAACAGCGAAAUGGUGGAUCAAAGAAGAGAGCAGAGUUUAAGAACAUUGAGCAGCUUAAGAGUCACUUGUUUAACCGGCAUAGACUGCUUAACUGCAGUCUGUGUCUUGAAGGUAGGAAGGUCUUUAUGUGUGAGCAAAAGUUAUAUACUAGAGAACAACUGGAUAAGCAUAUAAAGACAGGUGAUUCUGUGGUUGAUGGCACUGAAAGUGAAAGGGGAGGUUUUACAGGACAUCCUAUGUGUGAGUUCUGUCAAAAUCCAUUCUAUGGCGAGAAUGAGCUCUACUUGCAUAUGUCUACUGAACAUUUCACUUGCCACAUAUGCCAAAGGCGGCAUCCCGGACAAUAUGAAUACUAUAGAAAUUAUGAUGACAUGGAGAUCCAUUUUAGUCGGGAGCAUCAUUUAUGCGAGGACGAGACCUGUCGUGCCAAAAAGUUUGUUGUUUUUGCGACUCAAUCUGAAUUGAAGAGGCACAAUACUCUCGAACACGGUGGGCGCAUGUCUCGUUCCAAGCGUCAUGCUGCAUUGCAGAUACCGAUAAGUUUCCGGUACCGGCGGAGUUGUGGGCAGGACCAUCCAGUAAGAGGACAUGUCUCUCAUCCUGAUUCAUCUGAUAGUCAACUUUCGUUGGCUAUGCAAGCUAGUUUCGUGACUGCUGGAAGUUUUCAUUCUACUUCAACAAGUGACCAAACGGUUCUAAAUAGUGAAGUAGCUUCUAUCGUUGGCCCUUUCGAGGCAUUAGCUACAAUGGAUUCCGUGCCAUCUUCAAGAAAUUGCCGAGCACUAGGAAACUCUAGGGGUGGACCUCUUGAAGACUCGUCAUUCCCUCCCCUUCCAGCAGCAUCAAAUAGCAGUCAACAAAAAGUUAGAAACAGUUUACAGGGACCAGCUAGAAGGAGCAUGGCUGCUCCCUCACGUCACCGACACAAUGGAACUUCAAAUGUUGUUUCUAAUACUGCUCAGGGUUGGCCUGCAGUGAGCUUUCAACCUAACAUGUCCGCUGCUGGUACGCACCAGUCCAGAACUGUGACAAAAUUUUCGCAUCUAUCAACUACUAAUAACUCAUCUGGCUCUUCCAAAAGUAAGCCUACUAGGAUUAAGGAAUCUUUACCCAAGGUGGAAGAUUUUCAAUCUGCUAACAAAGCUCUAGUGGAAAAGAUCCGUGUUUCUUUGGAAUUUGAUCAGGACAAGUUUUCUGCAUUCAAAGGAAUAACCGGUGAAUAUCGGCAGGGUUUUAUUAGCACCGAGGAGUAUCUUGCCUAUGUGCACCAGUUUGGUUUAUCACAUCUUGUUCUUGAGCUAGCUAGGUUAUGCCCCAACGUUGAGAAACAAAGAGAACUUGUGGAGAUAUACAAUUUUAACAUAAGUAACAGCUAUUCUCGCAAUGAUGAUGCUGGUCAAUGGAAAAACGAUAAAAGGUCAAAGAAAGGAAAGGAGAAGUGUGAAGACUAUGGCAGUACUGAUUCAAAACAUACUUUUGCAGGUGAAAUCCAUAGUGGGGUGGAAGUAUUAUUGGAGGAUGGGCAUCACAGUCACACUUCCAAAGGCAAAUCAAAGGUUUUGGGUGAUGAAGACGCUAACUCACAUGUCCCACCUCAGUCUCAGGUCGAGCCAGAUGUUGGUGGCUCGAAGAAAAUUUUGGCAUCUCAAGGAGGGGGAAAUAAGCAACGGAAAAAAGUCUCCAAGUUCCUUAGAAAUCGCCUUGGCGACGCUUUGGCUGCACAACUUGAAGGUGGAAAGUGUGAGAUUCAAGAAAAAACAGACGAAAAUAAGGAACCACCGGAAAGAUUGCCAGUUCGCAGUGUAUGGCGAGAUGGUGGUGGGCAGAGACUCAUGGCAAAGACCCAAAGAGUAGCAAGCAACUGAUAUUUAUUAUAUAUAUUAUAGUUCUUAUAGAAAUGACUGAGCGCUGAUUGCUUUCCCAGGAGCUUUUGUUGAAGAUGGAUGUUGGUAAUGGUACAAAAUGAAUCAGACACUUUUGUUGGAGAUGUUGCUUGUGCUACACCACUUUUUGUCAUUUUGUGCCUAUGGUACUGUCAUGGUAUGGUAUGGGUCCCUUACUAUAUUAGAUUUACGGUUGUUUGAACAAAGGUGAAUGACAUUAUUAUAAUUGGAAAAUAGAGGGUGAUUGACCGAUUGUUAUUGCUUUUUUAUUAUUUGUAUUGAAAUUGAAUGGACCUAUUUGGGUUCUACUACAGAAUCACUGAAAAUGAUUCUAGAACAUAA